AUGGCACGGGACGGGAUGGCACAGCAGCUGCUGCCGACGCAGUGCGAGAGGCUCCACAGUCCUCCGAGCCUACGACCGAACCAACCGCCGCGCAAUCCGCCGCCAUGGCCGGCGUACGAGCCGGCGACGAUCCACAAGCUGCCGCGUGACGUGAUCGCGAAGAUCUUUUCGCAUCUAUCCGUCGCAGACCGGUGCUCCGUGUCGCUCGUGUGUCGCCUGUGGUUUCGCUACGAGCGACUGCUACCGCAUUACAUGCAGAGCGAGGUCAGCGCAGCGGAGCUUCGCUUCGUGCUGCGCCGCUUCCCGCUGAUUCGCACGUUGCGCAUCCGCUUCUUCGGCCCCACCGUGCUUCCGGGGGCGCCGCGGGAGCAGCGCGCGGAGGACCGCCACCACAAGCGCCCAGGAGGGGGGAGAGUGGGGGUGGGGGAAAUAACAGGGGCUGGGGACGGUGGAACAGCCGCCGCGACGCCCGCGGCCUCCGCUCCGCCUGCCCCCGUCCCCGCGUUUCCAAUCAGCGACGCGGAUGUUCUAGACGGAUCCGCCAUUGUGCGGCUGCUCUCUCUCAACACGCCCCUGCAGAUACAACAGGUGGCAGGCACACAGGUAGAGUAUCUCUGUAUUUGCAACUGCGGGGAGUUUGAGAUUCACCAGGGGUUAAGAACCUACAUGUGCGAUACGAUCGCCACCUGGGGGCGCAGUAUUCGGCACAUUGAGAUGCACGACCCGAUGCCUUCCGCGGAUGAGUUCUGGAAAUGCGUGGAGGGGCAUCCGGCGCUUAGCAAAGUGACGGUGUUUAGGUGCACGCACUUAACGGACGGGUUUCUCCGCCACGUGGCCAAGUGCGCCGCGCUGAAGGAGAUCUCGAUCGCCAGCUGUCCGAACGUGAGUGGCGGCGGGUUUGCUGAGCUGGCGGAGAAGUGCCCUGGAUUGGAGGGGAUGGUUCUGGAAGAUCUGAGUCUGUCCGUUGUGGCCAAAAAAGCGCGCAGCGCGCCUGGCGGAGGGCGGGCGGGCGGGGGAGGGGCGGGGGGAGGGUUGGGGGAAGGGGCAGGGGGAGGGGUGGGGGAAGGGAGAGUGGGCUUGGAUGGGAGAGCAGCAGAAGGGGAAGCAGAAUGGGGAGGGGGCGGGGCAGGGGAGGAUGUGCGCAUGGGCGAAGGGGGGGAAGAGGCGGAGAGGGGGGCUGGCGGCAUGGAGGGUGGGGAGUGGCGAGAGGGAGACAGGGCGGAAGAGAGCUUAAGGCGGACAGGUGAGGAGGAUGCGGCGGUGAGGGUGGCUCGGGCAGAUGGGAUAGGCGCAAUGCGGGCAGGUGAGGGGGCGAGUGAGGUGGAUGGGUGGGGUGCGGUGGUGGGAGCGAGAGGAGAGGCAGAGGCGGGGACAGAGGUACAAUUAAGAGCAGACGGGACGGCAGCAGCAGGAAGGGGAGGCAGUCUCGCUGCAUCCUUCCCUAACCUCUCCUCCUUGAAACUGAUUAACUGUGCGCUCGAUGCUCAUUGGCUGGAAAUGUUUGGCGGGCAGCUUCCCGCCCUGCGCAGGCUGACGGUCAUGGCCUGCCCGGACCCACUCGACCGGUUCUUUCUGACCGCUGCCUGGACAGCUGCCCGGCUGGAGAGUGUUGAGAUUAUAGACUGUGAGGGCGUGAGCGACCGAGCCUCUCACUUCAUCUCCAUCCACUAUCCUCUCACUUGCCCCAUUCCCCCUCCGCCCCUCGCUCCCCCCAUGUCCGCCCACAGGGAGAUAUCAGAGGCAGGGCUCAUCCCGCCGCCUACCUGCUUUUUGGUGCGUUUCUUCAUCCUACCCUCUCACAUGCCCAUCCCUCCCUGUCUUCUGCCCGCAGGGAGAUCUCAGAGGCAGGGCUCAUCCCCCUGGUGCAGUCGUGCCAUCACCUGCAGCACAUGUGCUUCUCUGGCUUCCGCACCACCCACCCUAUCCUGUAACAUGUGCAUCCCUGCCUUCCUCCUCCCGUCUUGCAGGGAGAUAUCAGAGGCGGGGCUCAUCCCCUUGGUGAGGUCGUGCCAUCGCCUGCAGCACAUGUGCUUCUCUGGCUUCCGUGCCAGCCAUCUCUCCGACCUCCUCCUUCACACCAUCGCCUCGCACUGCCCGCUGCUCACCACUCUCUCCCUCCGCGCCUGUAACGGGGUUACCACACAUGGCGUCCUGCGCGUGCUGCAGGGCUGCGGGCGAAUCGCGAGGUGCCAGCUGGCGCGGUGUCAGGAGGUGGAUGAGGAGUGGGUGGUGAGGGUUGCGAGGGAGGUUGGAGAGGCUCGGGGUAGAGGAACAGGAGGGAGUAGAGGUGAUGGGGAAAUGCCUGUGAUUGAGGUAUCCUGA